GCCCUCAAAAACAACUGUAUUGCAAAGCUGGAAGCUCGAACUAAUCCAGCGUGGGCGUUUGUGAUGACAAACUCGCUUCGGUCGGAGGAGGCGCAGAUCAUAAGUGAGGCCUCCAGCUUUGCCGCCGACGCUCCCAGUGCCCUUGGAGCUCUGGUGGCCUCGCAGCGGGAAGGAGGCGGUCUCCGAAAGCCCAUGGCUCCCUCACUUCUGAGUUCGACAGAUCCCGGCUUGGAGGUGCUUCUGCGUAGCUCGCUGGCUCGCCUCGAAGCGCGUGUGCGGGCAUUGGAGGGCCAGGGCGUUCGCUCAGAUCGCCGUGCUGCAGAGCUGGCGGGCCUUGCGCAGGCGCUCACAGAAGAGCAGCGCACCGUGUUGAUUCGUUUGGACCGGCUGGAGGAGCAGAUGAAGCCUUGGCAGCAAAAAGAGGCGCAGGCCCCGGAAGAGCGCCUCUCACGCCUUGAGCGAGAGCAGCGUGCCGCAGCCCUGGAGCUCAGGCACGAGGGAAGGCUUCCCAACGGCAGCAGCAGCGACUCCGUGUCUUGGAAGGUCGCUUGGAGGAAGCGCUGGAGUCCCGCCUCCGUGCCUGGGAAGCAGCAGCGGGACCGGAGCCAAGGGCACCGCUGGAGUCAGAGCCGGUGGCAGUCCACCUGCGAAGCCUAG